AUGAAAAUAAUGCGCUACGAUUUUCACUCGAAACUCCACACCUUUAUUCGCUACAGUAGCCUGGUGCCUUUGGCCAUAAUUUUGCUACCCUACACGAAUAUGGUGCAGGAUUUGUGGGAGAUUAGGAGAAAUGCCUAUAAAAGUUGCGCCACCACAAAUCACCCCCAAAAAUUGGUGGCGAGAGGAUGCCUGGAGUUGGACCAUCAACAGAUCGCAAUAGCCAUGGAAUGGUAUGAUCGCCUCUGUCCUACGGGCGAAAAGGUUUGCGACAUCGUCAGCCCGUUCAUCGAUUUCCCGGCCGAGUUUUUGCAGUCCCCAGGCCACUCGAUAAAUUAUUGCGAUGUCCCAAAUCGCAAGCUAGAGCUGGUAAAAGAUUUUAUCUGCCACCUCGACGACGAGUCGUACUUUAAAAACAAUUAUACAGCUUUGGCGGGUGUUAAUAUAAAAAGUGAAUGUCACAACGCCACAGAAAUGCCUGAAAAUUCGGAAUAUUGGAGCAGCCUGGCGCUGAUCGAGGACCCAUUGGAGAGAUUUAUCUACGAGUUUUAUCAGGAGUGCGAGCACUGCCACUUCCGGGCGUAUCCAGACGAGUACCGAGUGUUCCUCUAUAACCAACACGACAAGUGGUCUCACAUGCUGGCGAUCAAAGAUGUACUAUUACAAAACGGCUUCUCCGAGCAGAAGCUCUCUCAUUUACUAUCUGACUAUGCCUUGAAGCUCGGCGACCAAGAUUUUCACUACGGACAGCUAAAUCGGUGGCGCCGUCAAAUCCUCGAACGGCGUGAACUCUAUGGGCCAUUCGUACGCCAGUUUUUCUACGACUACAUUAUCUUCCGGUUGCCGUUCCCGGAACCGAGGUUUUCGGAA